AUGAAGAUUCUAUAAGUGAAUAAAAAUGAUUUUGUGAACUAAGUUCCUAAAAACUGAAAUUUAAGUGCAAGAAAAAGUGCGAGAAAUAUAAGUUCCGCUUAAGACCUUACGACCCCAACAAGUUAAAAGUGUGAAUUUACAACUUGCUCAUUACUAAUACAAAUUUCAAUUUUUCUGCAAUGGGAUGCGGCUCAUUACACUAGACCUAUGCUAGUUAAAAUAUAACAGAUAAAGGACGGGACCAACGCACUCCAAUAACGCAGUGACAUAUAAAAAAACUGAAUUUAUAUAAUAAUUGAAUUCAAUCAAACACUCUAACACAUCAGCAAAUUAUAUUCAUUUAUCCGUUAUUCAAUCCAGCACAGCAAUAAUGAUAAAAAGAUGAACCUUAUUCUUUAAGUUGCAAAGCAGACUAGCGUAAGAGCUUAAUGAGAAAAAUAAUUAAUCAGUGAAUGAGGGAGAAGAAGAAAAAAACGUAGCCCAAAACAAAGAAACACUCGCCAAACAAAAGUUAGAGGUGCAAAAACUUGCUGGAUAUAAAAUACGGUUCGGUGAAUCCAUUGAUGUGAACAGAAGUGAAAAACCAAAUGAAAACAUGAACGAAACUUUAUGAAGAGAUUAUCAGCACCGCCUAAUGUUUUCGGAAGUUGUUUUGAGCGGCUUCGUAAAAGUUGAAUGUUUUCAAACUGUGUUGUUUGCUAAGCUGAUAUUUUGUACAUACACUACGGAAUUAUGUUGUUAAAACAUCAAACAAUGGAUAUUAGACUUUUGAUACCUUGGUUGUUUUUUUUGGUUACAGUUAAUGGAUUACGUGACGUCCGUGUGACGGUUCCUGCAGCCGUUAAAAGAGGUGAUAAUGCUGAAUUAAUUUGUCUUUAUGACAUGGAAGGCGAUAGUUUAUAUUCGGUGAAAUGGUACAAGGGUCGGCGCGAAUUUUAUCGCUACACGCCCAAAGAGAAUCCGGCCAUGAAAACAUUUUCCGUUAAUGGAAUAAUUGUUGAGCGUUCAUUGUCCGAUGAAAGUCGCCUAACACUGUCAUCCGUUCAACCAUCGGUAACUGGAAAGUAUUCGUGUGAAGUCAGUGCCGAUGCACCAUCAUUUCAUACCCUAAUCGAAUCUGGAGAUCUGGAAGUAGUGGAAGUUCCUGAACAUCGUCCGUUUAUUGUUGGUAUACGGCCACGUUAUCGAGUUGGCGAUAGUUUGAGGGCAAAUUGUACGUCGAAACAUUCGAAACCAGCGGCGAAUUUAACUUGGAUUGUAAAUGAUCUACCGCCGAAUCCAUUAUAUGUGAGAACCUACAGAACGUCCAAAGACCACCGAAAUGAUUUCGAAACUUCACUAUCCGGCAUUCAGUUUGUAAUUACGGAUCAACAUUUUAUAAAAGGAAAAUUAAAGAUACGCUGUGUAUCCCAAAUUCAUGACAUUUAUUUUCAAAAAACGGAGAAAACUAUUGAACAUGAUCGACCGAAGCCAUCCGCAUCAGCCAGUAACAGUGUAAAUAACAUCAAUACCAAUCCGUAUGAUUAUCAGCCGCAUGAUAGCGAUGUGGUCGAUAAACAAGACACGUAUAUGACGCAAAUUCAAGGUGAUAUGUCUUCGUUGAGUGGAUACAAAACGUAUGCAGCUUCCACCACCACCCUAAUGUAUUCGCUGCUAUUUUCAAUUUUUCUGUCUAAAUUUUAUUCGUUUGGUUCGUGACUUAAUUAAAUUUUACUUCGAUUUUUCGAUUUUAUCAUUUCGUUUAUGUGAAUGAACUUGGACAACUUCCUAAAUAAAUAUAUUGAGUAUUUAUCAACCAAAAGCCUCUUAUAUAACCUUGUACAUAGAAUAAAUGUAAGCUUAAUAUAGAACAAAAAAAAAUUGAAAAACCAAAAUGUAAAUAAAUAUUUGAAAAAAAAGACAAGAAGAAAAUAUAUAAAAAUCUAUAGAACUUCGUCUAUUUAAGAGAUGCUAAACUAUGUAAAAGAAUGGAAUUCACUUUUCAUGUCAAAGUUGGGAAAACAAAAUGUGGCAAGUGAUGAACAUAAUUAGAUAUAAAAAUUAAAUAAAAUUAACAAAUUUAUUUUGUAAAAAGACAUUGGAAAAUAUUGUUAAGGCAAAACUUGUUGAUUAGUUGGAAAUUACUUUAAGAAUUAUCUAUACAAAACAUUAUAUCCAAUGGAUACUCCGGAUUCACACGGCAACACAGACUUUGUGUUAACUGGUGAGGUGUCAUAGUCUGUUAGACUGGACCCGAGGCUAUGAGUAUUGAGUAUGAAACACAUCUUCGUUAAUCCUAGUCGGACCUCAUCAGACCUAGUCUCCGCAGUUUAAAUUGUCAGUUGAGAAAACCACUCCAUUAGUUCAUUAUCGAAGUGAAAAAAUUACACACUUGAUGUUUGUGGAGCGUUCGAGAGACAUUAGCCCCAUCUAACGUACUAUGCCAACAUCAGUGAAUUGAAUAUACUAAAGUUUUAAAUUGUUGUUUCAGUAGUAGCGUUGCUCAUUCAGUUCAGCUAAAAUAUCUACUCACAUAAACUUCUCACGUACAAAAACCAAGCUACACCAAGAAAACAUUGAACUUUUCACAGACGGGUUAUGUCAUCAGUAUACUAAUAAGAGAUAUCCUGCUGUGCUCUGAUAUAUAUAUAUCAGUCCAUACAUCCAUACAGUAAAACUAAUGAAGUAAAAGAUUUUGUAUCAACCUCUUGAAAAUGCUUAGGUAAAAAGAAGUAGCAGAUCCGAUAUAAUGAUAUCAUGAUCCUUGCCGUGAGUGAAAGGUUAACGAUUCAGUUCCCUAGCGGGAAUUAAACAAUGAAAAUCUUUAUAAAGAUUAAAUGUGAUUCAAUGCAAGGCUUGGUUCAAUUUGUUUAGUUCAAAUAGUUCAUUUCGCAUCCUGUUAACAUUAAUCGAAAUGGGUUGAUACAAUUGUUUUUAAAGAUCUUUCACCAUCCAGUGGGAAAGUAUUCCGACCUCGUCGCUCAUUUGAAAUGAGUCAUUUCCAACAUAGUGUGAGAGAAAGCGCUUUUUUAGCGAAUUCCAUUUUAAAACUCGACUCCGGCUCGUGCUAGAAACAUCUCUUUCGCUGAAAAAAAGAUCCCCGAAAAAAGUUGGGAAGAUGACUAUUUCGUUAAAAAAAAAAAUAAGAAACCGAUGAAAAACAGAUUAAAGUUACUUUUAAGAUAUGAAUAAUGAAAAAUGGCACAUUGCAUAUCAAUGGGACAAAUGAUGGCAACGAUGACUGUCGUAUGAAAUUUAGCUGAUCUGAACCAAAGCCGAGGUCAAUAUUCCAUCAUUUUUCUCAUUGAUACGUGAGGUAUUUUACUCAAAAAAAUGAGGUAAAGUUUUUCCAUUGCUGACAAAAUUUAACUUUACCUCAAGAUGUAUAAAAAACAAAAAAACUGAACUCCGAACCACUUUUACUUAACAAACCAUAACGAAGCUUUUUAUGUUUUCUCAAACUGUCGUAAAAUUGUAAAGAAUAACAUGACGAUCAACAGCAAUUGUCAAGCGAAUGCUACAAGAACUGACGCAAAAAUAUUAGAGAUAAUCAGCCAAAGGAAAUGUUAGGCAUCGUUUGCAACAGCUGGUCUUUAUUACAUUGUUUGCAUUCAUUAGUAUUUAUAUGGCAGCAUACUCGUCAUACACGCACGAAUGUGAGAACCACCUCGUAAUAUUUAUACCAGCAGAAGUACAACCAAUUGUUGCAUGCGAUGUCUAUAUAUACACACAUUACAUUUCCAUUGGUGGUAAUAAUAUUUUUUCCACAACAAUGGUUGGAAAUGUUCCCUCGUACCUUGAGGUUACAACAUUUUCGCCCGAAUUCUGGUGUGAAAUAAUUUCCGUUUCUAUGCGAUUUACAAGAAACGAAUUGCAUGUGACCAUUGAAACCGUAUUAUCUAUAAGUCGGAUCGGCAGACCGAAGUAUCAUCUGUGCAUGAUUUGUCCCAUAGAUAAACAAACUACUAUAAUUAAGUCUCUGUGACAUGUAUGAUAUGUAAACAUUUAACGAAAGAAUAACGGAUAUGUAAGAGAAAUAAGAGCUAAAGUUUCGAAAGUGAGAAUGAAAUUAAAAUUUUGUGAAAUGAACAAAAAAAA